CAUCCGAUCAGAUCAACAACCAUUUAGCAAAAUGUUCGCCGAAACAGCUCUUAAUUUUAACUCGAACGAAGUGUCGGAGAAGCCAUCUCUCACCGGCGCCUCCACCAACAUGAAGAAGCUUUUGAAGACCAUCAAGAAGGUCUUCAAGAACUCUAAACCUUCAAAGGAGAUCCCGAUCUCCAACGUCCUUUACUCCUGCGCCACCGAGGAGGAGCACCAGAAUUGGCUCAACGAACAACUUGAAGCCAAGACAAUCAGCCUUCUCUGCUGAGUUCUUCUGGGGUAUUCUCCUCAAUCGAGUAACUGUGAUGUGACCCCACUGAAAGGUCUAUAAAUCUGCAAUUCGGCUUUAAACUCCAACUGUGAUGACGAGAACACGAGACUGGCUUGUGUGCCUUGGAAGCGCCCAACUUCGACGCUUCCGCCAACUGUACAUAUCAAACUAGCUGCUAAAAUGUCUUCAAUAAUGCUUUAACCUAGAAUAAGUUCCUAGCUGUAAUCAUUGUCUUCCAUUAGAUUUAAGCGAAUCAUUGUCUUCCAUGUUUGUUUGUUUAGGGUCAAAAAAUUAGUCUAAGAAUAAAAAUCCCUCGAGGAAAAAAAACAA